AUCAUCAUUUUCAUGUUGAUCAUUAUCAUUACCACCGUCAUCACCAUCGUCGUCUUUUGAGCAGUAUAUGCAUAUGGCUCGUGGCAACACCUGAUAUCAGCGGGCUGAGCACCGCGCGGCCCUGCUACUUCCCUCAGACAAUAUUGAAGCGAAAUUGCCAAUUAUAUUUCAUUUCACAUGCAGGGUUUCCAUUUCAUUAUUCACUGUCAUUAUAUUUCUAGAACGUCUUUCUUCCGUGUUACCUGCCGAGACCAAAAUGUCUUUGGUUAUUAUUAUUGUUAUUACAACCUGCUCACAGCGCCCCGCCCACUGUCAGCACCGGUAGUUCACGAGAAGCGCCGCUCUUCUCGCUCGAUUUAGGCACAGUGUAAUACCCGUACCAUUUUUCUUGGUAUUGAUUUACUUGUCAUCUGAAUUGUGCCGCGAUAGAUUAAAUCAUUGCUGACCCCGAGGAAAUGACUCAGGGAGUUCAUUGUGACACACUGGUGCUCCUCGUGACGUUCCGCCUUUUAUUACUUUCGCUUGGGACAAACAGGCACCGACGUUUUCAGUGGGUGACACCAUUGUAUUAUUUAACAUUAUUGUCGUCGUCGUCUUCAUCAUCAUCAUCAUCAUCAUCAUCAUCAUCAUCAUCAUUAUGACUACUAGCAAUAACAGCGGCAGCAGUAGCAGUAUUAAAGUAGAUAAAUGUAUGCUAUACAUUUUUAUAGACAUGACUUUUCACGUGUCCAAUUCCCUUCAGCAAACAAUAACGUUUUGUCUUCUCUUUUUUCUCAGGUGUGUUGGUGUCCGUGUGUGGGUCUUCUGCAGAAUUUGCUCACAUCUGCCGUCGCGUGUAGGCGUUACUGUCUCGGAGCAGGCCCGGCUGUCUAGUGGUCGCCAGGCCGUGCUGAGGGAGGGGUGAUGUUACCACUGCUCUUCACUUGAGGUUGCACGUGGCCGCUGCUGAACCCGAGAAACGCCUCAAGCCCGCAGGAGCCACGCAGAGCCUCUGACGUCACUCAUGUCCCUGGAACCCUGCCUAAACUGCAACUCCUGCUGCCCACCCAAGUGCCCGUGCCGCUCCUUGUCGCAGCCUCCACACCAAGUCUCACCUUGCUCUGCAUGCGCUGAAGGCAAUGGUCUAGAUUCAGAAGCAAUGAAGAUGAACCCAGGAGUGCCCCCUUAUAUGGUGUACCACAUACCCAUGAUGUAUGGAGGGUUUGGGGACUACAGCUACAACCCUCACUGGGUCUGUAGCAUUCCUGUGAUGCCUUCCCCUGCUACAGUAGAGGAGGGCAAGCAGACACCCUUGAUGCCAGGAACAGAUGGGUAUCAGCAGAUGGUGGCUGUUGGGGGCUGGGGACAGGGCAACCUGAGGGCAGAGACGGAGGGAAAGAUGGCCCACCUUUCCACCACCAUCACCCAUGGGGCCGGGGCCGUGGUGGACCCCAUCACCAAGGGAGGCACCACUAUGUUGCACAUCAGUACUCAAAUAAUCAUGGCAACAACUUUCAUGCAUGUCAUUGAAAAUCUGGACCUGUCCAGGCUGGUGAAGGACACUCAUUGGCAGUGGGUGGCAGUGACAGACUCAAGAGCAGUACAUCCUGCAGGACUGGGCCAUGAGGCCACUGAAGGACACCGCUCAUUCUGCAGGAAGAGAGUGGCUGUAAGGAGCAGUACAGGAGCCCAGAGAAGGAAUGUUGUGUGGGGGAGAGAGAGAGAGGUUAUUUUUCUUUUAUUUCUGUAUUUUUUUUUUUCCUAUAUCUUCUAUCCUGCUUUUUUUUGUUAUUCUAUUAGAAAUGUUUUUUUCAGCUUUUCUUGUUUUUUUUUUUUCUUCUACCUUUAUUUAUUUAUAUGCUUUUCUGAUGGAAGAUACAUUAUGUUCAGUGUGCCAAGGUGACACCACUCUCCACCUCACCUGGGAACAUCACCUGCAACACCCUCUCAUCCCAGCCUCACCUAACAGCCAUCAGUCAUCAACUGCUGCCUUGUAUAUAAUAGUUUUCAUAUAACCUUCUGUCUUCUGUAUCUUGAAGUGAGUAAAGAAAAAAAAAAUGGAGUUGA